CUGCAGCUUUUCCUUCUUAGUCCGGCAUGAAUCCAAACCCGAGGGGUCCAUAGCAUCCUCAGCUCGUCGUCCCCUAAUGCCGGAAGGUUUCUCGACGGCUGUCCGGCACCGCGAUCGGUCAGCGAUAUGGCACUACGUAGAGCAGUCGCUCGCGGGCCACGAUGAUGUCUGCGGUGAGAGCGUCUCGUGAUGUUCCCGGUCCUUCCGAAUCGAGGCGUAGGAGUGCUGCCAUAAUCGUUCGUAGGGAAUCUUGUCGACCGUCGACGGAGGCGUAGCGGGUGGGGAGCAGGAUGAGGUGAGAAACAAAUCCGGGGCAGACGCGAGAACGAGCUUCAUCGCGAAGAAAGAAGCACCUCGGCCGGGUGGAAAGGCGUAUAUAUUGUUCUCUCUGCCGCUCUCUACCAUUCCGGUUUGUUCAUCAUCACCAUCAUCUCACUCUUCACUUUCAUUACUCCUCAUUUCCAUCAAAUCUCAGGUAGAUUUUCUCCUACAUUCUCUUCAUAUAAAGACAUAUCUGGACCGGUUCCUACCUACAUAUCAUCAAAAUGCAGCUCUCCUACCUCUUCACCACGCUUCUCGCGGCCUUCGCCGUCGCGAGCCCCAUCUCCACCGCCUCCGAUGCGGCUGAGGGAGCCCAGCUGGCCACCAGGGCUACCGAGGAGCUGACCGCCGAGUACCGGGCCGCCCAGAGAGCGAUCUCAAACUUGCAGGCGGGCAAGUUCUACUGGUUCACCAUCGAGUGGGAUCUCGGCGAGGUCAUCCCGGGCCCCACCCACGAGACACCCGAUGAGCUCAAGCAGCUACAGCAGCAGCUCGGCUUCGACCACAUCGGCUUGGUCGUCGGCCAGGUCACCGAGACCAAGACCGGCAAGGGCAAGAACGAGAAGAUCAAGAAGGACUUCAAGGCAUCCCUGCUCCACAUGACCAAGGACACCAAGAAGAACACCGAGCUCAAGGGUCCCAACUACAAGGCUGACCGCAAGGCUCUCAUCCGCGGCGGCGAGACCAGCAAGAAGAAGGUUGACGCGGCCAAGAAGGCGGCCAAGGAUUAUGUCGCCGCCAACCCCGUCUACAGCGUCGCUACCAACAAUUGCAACACCUUCGUCCAGACCAUCAAGGCCGUCGUCAGGUAAAUUAGCCUGGCUAGCCGACGACGGGUUCGCACGACCACGUACGAUUUUCCGACUACAUGAUACACGGGGCUCUCCAUCGCGACGAUGGUGGUAAGAGCGGGGGACUGAGUAUAUAGGGGAGAUGAACCUUCAGAUUGUCUGUAUAUAUAUUUGUGUGUGUAUUUUUUGCAUGGGGCAUUGGUUUGGUGGUUACGAUAGGAAUUACAGGAUAUGCAUAUAGAUUGGUAACGAUGGGCGGACGGGUCUGGGAUCCGAAUACAUAUAUAUAGGAUAUUUUAUCACAUCAUUUCCGCUC